CACUGCUCGCUCACACUCAUAGUCUCAUACCCCCAUCAAGGCUGAACUUACUCCUCCAGUCCUCCGUCCUCUCCCUUCCCGCAUCUCCUCCCUCUGUUAUGCUUAUGCACAUUGAAAACUUGAAACCCCAUUCCAUGUCUAUAUGAUCCCUCGAGACCACCUGAAAUCCUCUGAUAUCGACAGUUAUUUUUUGAAAUGGCAGAAAUCCACAUUCUUGCAACAUUUCUUUCUAUUCUACUCAUUUUAAGCUCGGCUCCAAUGGUGGAAUCUGCCAUCGGCGUAAACUGGGGGACAAUAUCUUCUCACAGGCUCUCACCCUCCAUUGUGGUCGAUCUCAUCAAGGAAAAUAAGAUACACAAAGUCAAGAUCUUUGAUGCAGAGCCAGAUGUUCUUUUAUCUCUAAUGGGGAGCGGGAUUGAGGUUAUGGUAGGGAUUCCAAAUGAGAUGUUGGCCGUAUUUAGUUCAUCUCCUGUAGCUGCAGAUUUGUGGGUUCGCCAGAAUGUGUCCAGAUAUAUGGUUAAAGGUGGCGUUGAUAUCAGGUACAUUGCUGUUGGGAAUGAGCCCUUUUUAACGAGCUACUCAGGACAAUUCCAACCUUAUGUCAUGCCUGCUUUGCUCAACCUACAGCAGUCCUUGGCAAAAGCAAAUCUGGCAGGAUUUGUGAAGCUAGUAGUUCCUUGCAAUGCUGAUGCUUAUGAGUCUACCCUCCCUUCUCAGGGAGCCUUCCGGCCGGAACUAACACAAAUCAUGACUCAAUUAGUUUCCUUCCUCAGUGCAAAUGGCUCCCCGUUUGUAGUCAAUAUCUAUCCCUUUCUAAGUCUUUAUGGAAACUCAGAUUUCCCACAGGACUAUGCAUUCUUUGAGGGAACAACUCACCCGGUUGCAGAUGGGCAAAAUGUUUAUUACAAUGCAUUUGAUGGAAAUUUUGAUACUUUAGUUGCAGCUCUCAACAGAAUUGGAUAUGGUCAGAUGCCAAUAGUAAUUGGUGAGGUAGGCUGGCCCACAGAUGGAGCCCUGAGUGCAAAUCUCACUGCUGCAAGGGCCUUCAAUCAGGGCCUCAUAAAUCACAUCCUGAGCAACAAGGGAACCCCUCUGAGACCAGGAGUCCCGCCCAUGGAUAUUUAUCUUUUCAGUCUACUUGAUGAAGGUGCUAAGAGCACACUUCCUGGGAACUUCGAGAGGCACUGGGGGAUUUUCUCUUUUGAUGGCCAGGCGAAGUACUCUCUGAACAUGGGCAAUGGGGUAUUAAAGAAUGCAAAAAACGUCCAAUAUCUUCCAUCAAGAUGGUGCAUUGCAGACCCAACCAGGGAUCUUUCAGGUGUGGUAAGUCACAUUAAACUUGCUUGCAGUGUUGCAGAUUGCACAACACUCGUCUAUGGGGGUUCAUGCAAUGGAAUUGGGGCCAAGGGAAAUAUUUCUUACGCAUUUAACAGUUAUUAUCAGCUGCAAAAACAGGAUUCACAGAGCUGUGAUUUUGAUGGGCUUGGACUGGUUACUUUCCUUGACCCUUCAAUUGGUGACUGCAGGUUUCUGGUUGGAAUUAGUGACACUAGUUCUUCCAGUGGACCAUGUGGUGGUUGGUUUGCAGCUUGGGUUAUGGUUCUGUGGAUGUUUGAGUUUCUAAGAAUUAUGGGUUCUUUGUAAUGUGGAAGUGGUUUCUUGAGUGGGUUUUUCUCGGUCCCUUCUGAAACCUAUUGUAAAAGUUAUACAUUGAAGAAAGAAAACUACAGUUACUGAGAGUGUAUUCAAAGGAGAGUUUUAUUUUAGAGAUUAUAGUGGUUGUAUCUUACAAGAAAAGAUGGUAAAAAUUAUUCUCCCAUUAGGCUCUUCCUCUAUGAAAAUUUCUCUGAGCAAAGACAAAUGGAGGUGACUCAUCACCUCUCUCUAUAUAUAUCUUUGUACAUGUAAACUAUACACAAGAAUGAGAAAUUCUUGCUUUGUUUUUCUA